UUGUUAUGGACCAGUUUUGGUCUAGUUAUUCGAUGGGAUGGAGUUAGUGUAGGAGAAAUUCAACUUCCACAUGAUUAUUGGAACACAACUUGUGGACUGUGUGGGGAUUUCAAUAGCGAUGGUGAAAACGAUUUAGAUGUAAAACGUGAUGGAUCCUUGGCCAGAGACGAAGUGGACUUUGGAAACAGCUGGGUGGUGGAUGAAACUGAAUGUGAUGAAUCCGGUAUUAUCGUGGUAGAUCCAUGCUCAGAGGAGGGAGCAGCUCGACAAGCGGCCGAGGAUCUUUGCUUCAUAUUGACUUCACCAACUGGCGCUUUGGCAAGUUGUCACGAGAUACUAGAUCCUAGCAACUAUUACGAUGCGUGCGUGUACGAUCUUUGCGCCACGCUGCCAAACGAGGACCUGUAUUGCGAUCAUUUACAAGAAUACGCUCAGGCGUGUCGAGAACGCGGAGGGUCACCUGGACAUUGGCGAACAGAAACACCCCAGUGCC